AUGCUCAAUCCUGAUAAUUUUUCAAUCGAUUCUGACAAUGGAAUGGACAACAAUAUCGACGAAAAUAGCCACUCCGACGUAUAUAAUGACUCUGUUGAUGAUAACAUGAGUGAUGGUGACGAUCUACAUUUUGAUACAGCGUCCAAUGUAACAUCAAACGAUUUGCCAAGUUAUUCUUCUGAUACUAAUUAUGAUGAAUCAGGAAAUUCAUCAGAAUUAUUAGAUGAUUCCUUCGAGCUAUCAGAUAGUGAAUCUUAUGCAUCAGAUGCCAAUGAAUCACUAAGCGAUGAUGGCACUAACGAUUUUGGACCAGAAAAUAAUGAGAUACCAGUAAAUGAAGAUCCACCCUUAUUUCCAGGAUGCCCACUCACUUUCUCCGAAAGUUUAUUAAGUAUUCUUUCCUUGACAUUGCGACACACCAUAACAGGAGUAUUACUGGCUUCAAUACUACAAUUAGUUCAUUUACAUUGUCCAGAACCAAAUCAUUGCGUGGAAUCGAUUUAUAUGUUUAAAAAAUAUUUUGAACACUUAAAAAGCCCCGUAAGCAAACAUUUCUAUUGCUCUAAUUGCUUACAAAAUCUUAAUGAAAAAACUGACCAAUGUCCUAAUUGCGAGAAUUCAAAACAAAAUUAUUUUAUGACUAUUUCGAUCAUUUCUCAAUUAAGAGCUUUAUACGAGAGACGUGGCUUUCGCGAAAAAUUGAAUUACCGCUACAAUCGAGUUAAAUUAAAUCCACAAAAUAUAGAAGACAUUUAUGACGGCAAAAUUUACCAAGAAUUAAGUGCGGAUGGAAAAAUACUAUCUGAUCCAAAUAACAUAUCAUUUUCGUGGUAUACAGAUGGCGUAACGGUUUUUAAGUCUUCAAAAUUUUCGUUUUGGCCAAUAUAUUUAGUGAUCAAUGAACUUCCUUAUUCUGAGCGAUUUAAAAAAGAAAAUCUGAUUUUGGCCGGAAUUUGGUUCGAUGAUAAAAAACCUGAUGCCAAUUUAUUUCUAUUACCCCUUUAUAAUGAAGUACAAGAGCUAAAAAAUGGAGUUGUCUUUGAAAUUGAUGAUCAAAAUCUACCUGUCAAUGUAAAGGGCAUAAUUAUUUGUGGCACUUGUGACCUCCCAGCCAAAGCUCUAUUUUUGAAUAUGAUUCAGUACAAUGGCAAAUUUGGAUGUCACAAAUGUAAACAGGAAGGGGCGAGAAUUGGGAAGAUUCAAAUUUAUCCGUAUCUGAAAAAUCUGUCUUUGCGCACAGAAAGUGAAACUGCAAGUCAAGCUGAUAGGGUGAAUAAAGGUCCAAUUUGUGGAGUAAAAGGGCCAACAGUACUUGCAUUAUUGGUGUAUAAAUGGAUAACAACCACUGCGUUAGAUGCGAUGCAUUGUGUAUUUGAAGGGGUUAUGAGAAUGCUUUUAAAAUUAUGGUUCGAUCCGAA